CGUCGGCUGCGGCAGUAACCGCGGAGCCGCACGCGACGCCGGCCAUGGCGCCCCUGAUACGACGGCCACCACCGGCGCUCCGACUCGGAUUCCUCACCCUCGUGGGACUCCUCCUCCUGGCGGGCUCCUGCGCCACCUCCGCCUUCCGCAUCCUGGCCGUCUUCCCGCACCCGGCCAAGUCCCACUUCGCCUUCUUCGAGCCGCUCGUCAAGGAGCUCGCCGCCCGCGGCCAUGACGUCACCGUCCUCAGCCACUUCCCCCAGCGGAGCCGAACCCCCAACUACACCGACGUCAGCCUCCAGGGCACCGUCCCUCUCAUGGACACCCUUACCGUCGCACAGGUGCAGCAUUUGACCCCAAUCUCGGACUUCCACGUGAUCCACACCAUAGGUCUGGAGUCCUGCAAGCCGAUCCUGACCUCGCCGCAGGUGGAGUCCUUCCUGGCGAAGGAGCAACGCUUCGACCUCUUCCUCAGCGAGGCCUUCACGACCGACUGCUUCCUGGGCUUCGCGCACCGGUUCAAGGUCCCGACGGUGGCCCUGUCCUCCGCGGUCCUCUUCUCGACCGUCAACGACCGGUUCGGGAACCCGGCGAAUCCGGCGCACGUGCCCAACCCCUUCCUCGGCUACGGCUCCCGCAUGACGUUCACCGAGCGGCUGUUCAACACCCUCGCCGACCUGUACAUGUCCUGGGCACGCUCCUACUACUACGACUCGCCGGCCAACUGGAUCGCCAAGAGGACGUUCGGCAGGGAUAUGCCGAGUCUCGACAAGCUGGCCAAGAACACCAGCUUGGUUCUGGUCAACAGUCAUUUCAGUCUGCAUAGGCCCCGGCCUGCGGUUCCUGCUGUCGUCGAGGUUGGCGGCUUGCAUAUCAAGCCGGCGUCCAAGCUACCCAAGGACAUCGAGAAAUUCAUAAGUGGUGCGAAGGAUGGAGUGAUAUUAUUUUCGAUGGGCUCCAUUCUCCAAUCAAAAUCUCUUCCAGAGAAAAGACUGAAAGCAUUUAUGCAAGCAUUUGCCGAACUUCCGCAGAGAGUUUUGUGGAAAUACGAAAACGAUACAUUGCCAGAUAAACCUUCCAAUGUCAUGAUCUCACCAUGGAUUCCUCAGAGAGACGUCCUGGAGCACCCGAACGUGAAACUUUUCAUUACGCACGGCGGUUUGUUGGGGCUGUCUGAGGCCGUGUUCUGCGGAGUGCCUAUCCUCGGGAUCCCGAUGUUCGGUGACCAAGCGUACAACGUCCAGGCGGCCGUUGAGGCAGGAGUCGGAGAGCUCUUCCCGUACUACCGCACUCCUUACACCAAUUCCAUACUCAAAGCCAUCCGCAAAAUUCUAGACGAUGACAGGUACAGGAAUAAGGCACGAGAGCUGUCGGGAGUCUACAGGGAUCGACCCUCGCCACCCCUGGACACGGCCGUCUACUGGGUAGAGUACGUGGCGCGGCACGGGGGUGCCUCUCUUCGAAGCCCGACCAUCGAUCUUUCAACCGCGGAGUAUCUCCUGCUCGACGUGGUCGCAUUCCUACUGGCCCUCGCUGCGGCCGUUGCCUUCGUGGCUCAUCGGAUCUACACCAACUCCGACUUCUCAGUACUUAAGGCCUUUUUUGAGAAUAAAAGUAAAACCAAAUAAAACCGGAAAA